AUCUUCUUCUCUCUCUCUCUUUCUCUCUCAUAACCAAUCUUCUUCUUCGUCUUCUCCAAUCCAAAAAGUUCAGUCAUGGUCAGAAAGAGGGCUGCUUCCUCCGAGCUCCUAGACCUAAUCAUACAUAACAACAACGGCUGCACACCCGACGAAGAAAACAACAACCAAAACAACAACCACAAAGCCAGAUUCCUCCGCCGAUCUAUCAACACAAACACAAACGUCUUCCUCCCUCCCGCCACCUCUUCCUCCGCCGCCACCGCCUCCUCCGCCGCCGCAGCAUACGAUUCCAAUAUGGCCACCGCCGCCGUUGCUAAUAACUGUCACAAUAACUUUUCCAUGGCGACUAUUACUACCACGUCUGCCAAACCAACUCCCUUUUCCAACCACUCCACUAAUAACAUGACUAUCCCAAUCCAAAUCCCACUUCAUUCUCAUUCCAAUUCUACUUUGACUAAUCUUUAUCAAGAACUAAAUAACUUAGCACCUAUUCCUCCUCCACCUCCUCCAUCUGUUUGUGUCUUCUCCGGCUUGCCUAUCUUCCCCCCACAUGACCCAAAAUCUCAACCUUCAAUCACUUCACUAACUCCCCAGCCCCAGCAGCAACAGAAUACAGACGAUAUCUCCAUGGCUUGGAUUGAUGGCAUAAUAAAAGAUCUCAUGAUGAUCAAUAACAACAACAACAACAAUCCCAACAGUACUUCAUCUUCUCCAUUCACAAACAUUCCACAACUUAUCCAAAACGUUCGAGAUAUAAUCCAUCCCUGUAACCCAAAUCUCGCCGCCUUACUCGAAUGCAGACUUCGCUCUCUUAUAAACAUAAACCCAGAUAUUUCACCUUCUUUCACUAACGAUCCCUACUCAAUGUACAACACGGCAGCAACCGUUUAUGGCCAAAGACUGUCCUCUAAGGAAAUUUUACCCACUACUCUCCCGCCACAACCACAACCACAACCACAACCACAAGCAGCAGCAGGCGGCGGCGGAGGAUUGUACCGUUCAAACAACAAUAAUCCGUACGUCAUGAUGAAUCGAGCGAACAACAACGUUGGCUCACCGGUGAUUCAACAACAAAUCCCCUGUCGGAAUCAGUCUUCAAGCCCUAAUUCGUCUUCGAAUCCUUUAGUUCAGCAACAAGAGGAAGAAACCCAGAAGCAACAAGAAAUUUCUCCACCGAAAUCUACAUCAUCUUCUUCAAUACGGCAAAAACAGGAAAAACAGAAAAGAGACGAAGAAUUAGGGCUACACCUUCUCACACUACUCCUCCAAUGCGCGGAAGCAGUAGCAGCAGACAAAAUCGACGACGCGAACACGAUGCUACUCGAAAUCUCGCAACUUUCAACACCAUUCGGCACCUCCGCUCAACGGGUCGCCGCCUAUUUCUCCGAAGCUAUGUCUGCCAGACUCGUAAAUUCCUGCCUCAGCAUUUACAACUCGUCAUUCCCUUUACCCCCAUUGUACAGCCAUCGUCUCUCAUCCGCCUUUCAAGUGUUCAAUGGAAUCAGCCCCUUUGUUAAAUUCUCCCAUUUCACAGCAAAUCAGGCUAUACAAGAAGCAUUUGAGAGCGAGAGUAGGGUUCAUAUAAUCGACCUUGAUAUAAUGCAAGGUCUUCAAUGGCCUGGGCUGUUUCAUAUACUGGCGUCAAGGGCAGGUGGGCCGCCGUUGGUGAGGCUGACGGGUCUGGGUUCUUCGUUAGAAGCACUGGAGGCGACCGGGAAGAGAUUAUCGGAAUUUGCUCAGAAGUUGGGGAUUCCGUUUGAGUUUUUUCCGGUUGAGGAAAAGGUCGGGAAUAUAGUAGAUCCAGAGAAGCUGAAUGUGAGUAAAAGAGAGGCCGUCGCUGUUCAUUGGCUGCAACACUCCUUGUACGAUGUCACCGGCUCCGACGCCAAUACGCUUCGCCUAUUACAGAGGUUAUCUCCGAAAGUAGUAACAGUAGUUGAGCAAGACUUGAGCCAUGGAGGAUCAUUCCUCGGCCGAUUCGUGGAAGCCAUCCACUACUACUCGGCCUUAUUCGAUUCCUUAAGCGAAAGCUACGGAGAUGAGAGCGAGGAGCGACAUGCUGUCGAGCAGCAACUGCUUUCGCGAGAAAUAAGAAACGUUUUAGCAGUGGGUGGGGGUCCUCUCUCGCGAUCCAGGAAUAGCGAUGAGCUGAUAAAGCUGAGUAAUUGGAGGGAGAAGCUACGCGAGUCGGGUUUCAAGGGAGUGUCCUUGGCUGGAAACGCGGCUUCUCAGGCCACCCUUCUUCUAGGGAUGUUUCCGUCGGAUGGUUAUACCCUUGUGGAAGAUAAUGGUACUUUGAAGCUUGGGUGGAAAGAUCUUUGCUUGCUUACGGCUUCUGCAUGGAGGCCACCUUCUUUGAGUUGUUAAGGGCCUGGGUGUUUUAGUUGUUUAGUAGUAAUUGCAUGGCUUCCACUCGAAUUUUGUAUCCAAUUUAACCUUUUGGGGGUAAUUUUAUAACACAGAAAUUUUACUA